AUGGAGGAGAGCACCGAUGGGGGAAGGGGGGAGGCAAGCCCUGUGAAGACUCCCCUUCGAGGCCGAGCACGAGCCAUCGCACUUGCACGUGCGAAGGCGGAGGCUGCAGCAGCGGCAGCAGCUGCCGCAGCGCCAGCUGCAUCUUUUCCUGCUGCCUCCGCUGUGGGGGAAGACAUCCAGGGAGCUGCCGUCUUCACAGCAGCCGGGGAGGAGCCAGCGUCAGGGCCCUUUGCCACAGCGCGACGCCUUCCUGCCGAGUUCGCGACGGCUGCAGGGGUGCUUGGAGGGAAGCUGCAGCCUGUGCUGUCUCUCGGGUGUGACGAGGGUGUGCUGGAGGACGAAGUGGCAGCUUUCUUGGAGGAAUGCUGCAGCAGCAGCAACAGCAGCGGGGAAGAUCUCGUUGUAGUAGGAGCUACUGGAACGCUUGUAGGCAGGUAUUCUAAGCGGCCUGUUUCCUUGCCCUUUGCCACGUCGUGUCUCCUCUCGUCAGACACCGCCCAGCUGCUCUUCGAUGAGGGGUUGCCGCAGCAGCAGCAAGAGCAGCAGCUGCAGCAUCUGCUGCAGCAGCUCCUCGGCGCUGAACGCAGGGCAUACGGUGCGAGGCAGCUCUCCUCGCGUAUUCAGAUCGUCGACGUUCUACACGAAAGCCGCGCAUCUCCCGCCGCUGCGGGGGAAGGCGUCGCUUCAGACAAGAGCGCGGGAUUGAGGAGCGAGGAGGAGGGGUCUGGAGACGGCGUCUUGCAAGACAAGUCUCUGAACUCGCGUAAACUCAUCUACAGCAUGCAAGACGACGACGACCAGCCCCAGCAACACCAGUCCCCCCUUUGUCAGCAUCGCCGAAGAGAGCGCGCUGUUCGUGUUACCCAGCAAGUCUUGCUUGGGCAGAAGCUGAUAUACAGGCCCCGUGCCUUACGCCACCUCCAAGUGUCGGUUUUCUCUGAGACAGCGCAUCUCCUCACGCCUCUACGCGACUCCAACGCAGGCGGCUUGGCACGUGCCGGCAGCAGCGCUGCCCCUCCGGAGGAGGGGGGAGAAGGAGAACUGCCUCUACAGCUUGCCAGCGAUCUCCAGCGAUUCGGACUCAUUCACGAGGCAGCAGCCGCAGCCGCAGCAGCAGCAGCAGCACGGGUGUCUGAGCGCAAGAUCAUCCGCUCCGAGUCUUGGCUGUUUUCGCCUUUCGCACGCGCGGAACAAGGCUCACCUCAGCAGGGCAUGGUCUACCCGGAGUGGAUAGUCGAGCUGAGACGGGAGAUCGAAGAAGGCGACAUAAAUAGCCACCCAGAAGUGCUGUUGCAGCAGCUGCAGCAUGCCGCUGCAGCCACCAGUACGGGGAGGGGCGCAGACGCAGAUCUUCAUGACGAGUCGCGUCGGGUGUCUGUACGGUUGUAUGCGCCUGCGCGGUGUCUUCAGGUGCAGCAGCAGAAACAGCAGCACCAGCAGCAGCACUUGCUGCUGCAGCAACCCUCAGUCUUCAGCGCUCUUGUCUCCCUUUUCUUACACAAUCUGAGAGCCGCCAUCGCAGCGCCUUUAGAAGCAGCAGCAGCCGCUGCAGGCACCGGUGCAUCAGGAACCAGAACUCUUCCGCUCUACUACCCAGGAGCCUUAGGCGACAACCAACAGGCUAUACAGUCGUUCUACGAAAAUAGAAAAAUCACCGUUGCAGCAGAGUCGCCUAUCACCGCUCUGCGACUCCACAACAAUCAAGCGAAGCGCAUGCUGAUACAAAUGGAGGUUUUUUUAGGCGCAAGAGUUUUGGAUCUCGCUUGUGGUCACGCCCAAGACCUUCUCAAAUUCGCGCAAGUUCGAGUUUCCAGGCUGCUUGGCAUAGACUUUUCUCGAGAUUCCAUCUUAGAGGCCCGACAUCGCGUGCGGGAGCGAAGCAGCGAUCGUUUGCUGCAGCAGCUGCUGACUCCCCCAGAGUACCACGUGGGGAACGCCUUGGAGGAGAAAGCCUGGCAGUAUGCUGCCAAGGAGGCAUUCGAUAUCGUGUCUAUUCAGCUGGCAAUUCAUUACAUGGUGCCUUCGCAGCAGCAAGCAACAGACUUGCUCUCGCGGUGUGCUGGGAGGCUGGUGCCGGGGGGAAAGCUCAUCGGCAGUACGAUGUGUUGUAGGGAGAUUGUGCGCUACGUUCUAGACUUGAAGCUCCUACAGCAGCCCUCACCAGAUGCAGAUGAAACCGACGAAUUCGUCAGUGUUUGCCUCUCCCGGCUUGAUGUAGCGCAGGGGCAGCGCGUAUUUUGGGCAGGAAACAGCCUCUGCGCCCUCUUUUUCGAAGAGCAAACUCUCGCGCCUCUCCUACACCCCUUCAGGCUACCGACGGAGGAAGGUACUGUCUAUGCACUAACAGGAGUCUCUCCGCCACUGUCCGUUGAACAUUUGCUAAUGAAUGUAGACGCUGUUGCUAAAGCAACUCGAGGCUUGCGUAUUCGGGACUGCGUGUCUGGUGCGGCGGUUUCCGAGUUGGCGUUGCAUUUGCUGGAGGUCUUUUCGACUCGCUUCGGGAUAAAAUAUCAUUUUUGGCUGCGGACUGCAAUAGACGCUGAGGAGUUCGUGUUUCCCUUCAAGGCCGUUAGGAACACUGCGAAGGAGCUAGGUCUCGAAUGUUGCCUCUCGGUGUCCUUUCCGCGGCUACUAGAUGCAGCAGCAAAUCAUCCGAAGUUGGGGGCUGACGCGAGAGCCUGGGUAAGAGGCCUCAGGAGCAGACGGGGGGCCCUUCUUGACAGGCAGCAGGCGGAAACGUUUGCUCUAUAUAAGGCGUUCUCUUUUAGAAAAAUUGACCCCAACAGCAGCAACAGCAGCAACAACAGGAUGAGUGGACAACUAGCAGCCUUGGUGAGAAUCCUCUAUUUGAGAUGCAACGGCCCCAAAAGAGGUGAAGCUGCUGCCUCUGAAGCGGCGUACUCUAGCAGUCAGUUCCACGUCGGCUCUCAAGAGAAGAGCCGUGCAGCAGCCCUCCUCGCGCAAGGUCCAGGAGCCGUCUCUCAUGCUGCGGGAAGGCAGCAGUGGCAGCAGUGCCACUGGCAGCGUGAAGCCCGAGGCAGCUCCCUUGAGUGCUCCGUCGCAUGUGAAGCGAAAACAACCGUCCGCUGGAGCAGAGAAGCUCCCCACGAAGGCGGCGAGCAGCAAAAACAUAGCCAGCGAGAAGGUGGCCAACUCGCGGCAGCGGCAACAGGAAAGCAGGGCCUUGCUUGA